AUGAGCCGCUGGAACUUUCAUUUGCAGUUUUUAUGUGCAUCUUGCAGGCACUGUAACAGGCACUCGUUUCUCGAAGCAGUCUUGUCCAAUGAUCUCGUUCUGAUGGAUUACGAAAGGAGUUCAUCUUCCGAAGAAUUGGACCUAUCGACAAGUAGAAUAAACGUGCCACAAUGUAUUAGGUCCACUAUUUCAUCCUGCGUAAAUCUGGUGCCAGAAGAGCGCUGUUUGUGGUCCGAUGUCCUCAAUACAUGUAAACGAGAGAGUACCAUAGCGUCCGUUGGAGGAGUUGUGAAGCAGAUAUUCCCGUUCCUCUGA